CCUCCCCCAUCCCGCGGCGGUGGCAGCGGCGGCGACAGCGGCGGGGACCCGGCACCGCGGGGCGCAGCAUGCGGAGCGCAUGGCCGCCGCGCCCGGUGGCCGCCGUGCUGUCGGCGCUGGGGAUGUCCACCUACAAGCGCGCCACGCUGGACGAGGAGGACCUGGUGGAUUCGCUGUCCGAGGGCGACACGUACCCCAACGGCCUGCAGGUGAACUUCCGCAGCCCCCGCAGCGGCCAGAGGUGCUGGGCAGCACGGACCUCGGUGGAGAAGCGGCUGGUGGUGCUGGUGGUACUUCUGGUGGCAGGACUGGUGGCCUCCCUGGCAGCACUGGGCAUCCAGUACCGGACAAGAACGCCCCCCGUGUGCCUGAGCGAGGCCUGCGUCUCGGUGACCAGCUCCAUCUUGAACUCCAUGGACCCCACGGUGGACCCCUGCCAGGACUUCUUCAGCUAUGCCUGCGGGGGCUGGAUCAAAGCCAACCCCGUGCCUGACGGCCACUCCCGCUGGGGGACCUUCAGCAACCUCUGGGAACACAACCAAGCCAUCAUCAAGCACCUGCUGGAAAAUUCCACAGCCAGUGUGAGCGAGGCAGAGAGGAAGGCCCAAGUAUACUACCGUGCGUGUAUGAACGAAACCAGGAUCGAGGAGCUCCGGGCCAAGCCCCUGAUGGAGCUGAUUGAGAGGCUCGGAGGCUGGAAUAUCACAAGUCCCUGGGCCAAGGACAACUUCCAGGACACCCUGCAGGUGGUCACUGCCCACUACCGCACCUCGCCCUUCUUCUCCGUCUACGUCAGUGCCGACUCCAAGAACUCCAACAGCAACGUGAUCCAGGUGGACCAGUCUGGCCUGGGCUUGCCCUCCAGAGACUACUACCUGAACAAGACGGAAAACGAGAAGGUGCUGACCGGAUACCUGAACUACAUGGUCCAGCUGGGGAAGCUGCUGGGCGGUGGGGACGAGGAGGCCAUCCGACCCCAGAUGCAGCAGAUCCUGGACUUUGAGACGGCGCUGGCCAAUAUCACCAUCCCCCAGGAGAAGCGCCGGGACGAGGAGCUCAUUUACCACAAAGUGACGGCCGCCGAGCUGCAGACCUUGGCACCCGCCAUCAACUGGCUGCCCUUCCUCAAUGCCAUCUUCCACCCUGUGGAGAUCAACGAGACCGAGCCCGUCGUGGUCUACGACAAGGAGUACCUGCAGCAGGUCUCCGCGCUCAUCAAUGGCACUGACAGAUGCCUGCUGAACAACUACAUGAUCUGGAACCUGGUGCGGAAGACAAGUUCCUUCCUCGAUCAGCGCUUUCAGGACGCCGAUGAGAAGUUCAUGGAAGUCAUGUACGGGACCAAGAAGACCUGCCUUCCUCGCUGGAAGUUCUGCGUGAGUGACACAGAGAACAACCUGGGCUUUGCCCUGGGCCCCAUGUUUGUCAAAGCCACCUUCGCUGAGGACAGCAAGAGCAUAGCCAGCGAGAUAAUCCUGGAGAUCAAGAAGGCGUUUGAGGAGGGCCUGAGCACGCUGAGGUGGAUGGACGAAGACACGCGGAGGUCAGCCAAGGAGAAGGCGGACGCCAUCUACAACAUGAUAGGCUACCCCAACUUCAUUAUGGACCCCAAGGAGCUGGACAAAGUGUUCAACGACUACACUGCAGUUCCAGACCUCUACUUUGAGAACGCUGUGCGAUUUUUCAACUUCUCGUGGAGGGUCACCGCUGACCAGCUCAGGAAAGCCCCCAACAGAGAUCAGUGGAGCAUGACCCCGCCCAUGGUGAACGCUUACUACUCGCCCACCAAGAACGAGAUUGUGUUUCCGGCUGGGAUCCUGCAGGCGCCCUUCUACACCCGCUCCUCGCCCAAGGCCUUAAACUUUGGUGGCAUUGGUGUCGUCGUGGGCCACGAGCUGACUCAUGCUUUUGAUGAUCAAGGACGGGAGUAUGACAAGGACGGGAACCUCCGGCCGUGGUGGAAGAACGCCUCGGUGGAGGCCUUCAGGCAGCGCGCCGAGUGCAUGGUGGAGCAGUACGGCCGCUACAGCGUGAACGGGGAGCCCGUGAACGGCCGCCACACCCUCGGGGAGAACAUCGCGGACAACGGGGGCCUCAAGGCGGCCUAUCGGGCCUACCAGAACUGGGUGAAGAAGAACGGCGCGGAGCAGACGCUGCCCACCCUGGGCCUCACCAAUGACCAGCUCUUCUUCCUGGGGUUCGCACAGGUCUGGUGCUCUGUCCGUACGCCCGAGAGCUCCCACGAAGGCCUCAUCACCGACCCCCACAGCCCGUCCCGCUUCAGGGUCAUCGGCUCCCUCUCCAAUUCCAAAGAGUUCUCGGAACACUUCCACUGCCCACUUGGGUCACCCAUGAACCCUCGUCACAAGUGUGAAGUCUGGUAAGGGGCGAAGCACAAAGAGCCAAGACAGAGGAGAGGAAGGGGCCGAGGACGGGCCCCCGGGAGGCUGCCAAGUCCACCCCUCCUUCCAGCCCUUGGCCACCCAGGGCCUCCUUCCCUGACCCGAGGGCUUGCCGGCGGCACUGAGCUGUGACAGAGGGCCUCUGCAUACCCUAGAGUUCUCCCCUGUGCAGACCUGUCGUCCCGUGCACGAUGCACCACCUCCAGCGGGCAUUCGGGUAUCGGGCUGGUGGCUCGCCAGGCCUGGGCCCCACACUGACUAGGGUGGAGGGACUCAGCCCUCACCCACACCCAGCACCAGAUAGACCACGAUGACCACUGUGUCAAAUGCUUUAAAGAUAUAUUUUUGGGGAAACUAUUUUUUAAACAUUGUGGAAUACACUGGAAUUCUUCAGGGAAAAAUGCAUUUAAAACACUUUCCCCCUCCCCCCCAGGAAAGGAUUAGUAUAUUUAUUAUGUUGUUUUUCUAAAUAACCUGUGGACAAAAGAAGCCCCACUGAUCUUCCCCCUCAAGGCUGGGCUGAGGCAGGGACCCCUGCCAGGCCACUCAGCAAAUCUCCCAAGUCCAGAGCUGCCUCGGCCCUUGGGGUGUAUGACUGCCACCCCGGGUACUGCUGCCACAGUCACCUGCAGACGGGAACUGUGGGGGCCAGGCAGAGGGAGGAGCUGGCCAGAGGACCCAGCUCAUGGCUGGCACCUCUCAGCUUGCCUGCCCCAGGCCCCAGAGUCCAAGCACGGAAACCCCAGCAAGGGAGAUCCGAUCCCCACUGUCACAGCAGGGGACGGUGGCCAUGGCACAGUGAAGCCAGGUCCCAGCCCUCCAGCAGUCUGAGGGCACCCAAGCGCCUGGACCUGGGACACAGGAGCCCUCCAGCGCCAGAUGCCCUCGGCUGCCCGGGGACGUUCUCUUCCGCUCCUCCUCUCUUGGUCACCCCAUGGGACCUGUUGCCUUUCUGGAGCAAUCCCCCCACUCAGCCAUGUUGGGCUCUGCCUCGCUGGGUCCCUCUUCCCCAGGGGAAGGAGAAAAGAGAAACUGCUCUUGCCUCCUGCAGGGUCCAGAUCCUCCCUCCGAGCUCCGUCCUCUGCCCCAGCCUGGUCUGGUUCCAGACCGGUUCUCUAGUGCCUUAUUGGAGGCUGCGGCCCCGAGCCCCACUGGGGAGACAGCCCUGCCCCAGAGGCCCUUGGCCUCCUCAGUGGAGCCCCCAAGUGUCCUGACUGGAACCCAAGGCCAUACCCCUGCUCCUGGUGCCCCCAGGAGCUCUGGCCUGCAGAGGAGUGGCUCUGGACAGAAGUCGGACACCGCUGCGCCCGCCCUAGGCUCCAGCCAUGGCAGCCCCUGGUUGGGAUCAGGAUGGCACCUGCAGCUGGCCAGGCUCCUCUCCUUCUGGGUGCUGUUAGACAGGAGGCUAAGGGAAAGGUUCCCCAGCCCACUGGCUUGUGGAGUCAAGGGACCAAGAAGGUCGUCCCCUCCUGAGGCCAUGCUUCCCCAACAGUGGAUGCUCCAGCUGCACCUGAUAGAGCUCCCUGCAGCCGCUGGGCAGCCCCUGUGACUAAGGCGGGCAGCCAGCCACCAGCCAGGCCUUGCCCCACAGCGAGCGCCCCUCAGGCAGGAAGCCAGACUCCUCCCUGUCCGAGAGGCACAGACAGCUCAGCCCUGCCUGUGCGCUCAGGUCAGCAGGAGGCUUGCAGGUGGGCUCCAGACGAUGCCCCUUAUUCCUCACAAACCAGUUCAAGGCCUGGUAGCUCUUUGGGAGAAAGAAAAGAAGGAACCAGGGAAGAAGCUAGAGCCAGCCAGCUGGGAGGUGGGCCUUUCCCAUCCCCAGCUCCUGUCUGCGCCUCCUCUCCUCCACCACGCCUUCCCCGUGGAGGGCGCCGUCCUGGAGAGAGUCAGCACCACCAACCAGAAGCAGGUGUCUUCGGGCUGGCGUCUAGCCAGAGCGAAUGUAGAUGGCGCCCACUGUCAGGAUGUGCUGGGGCAGGGGAGAAGCCCCACCCCCACUGCCCCUCCAGAGUGUCAAGGCCAAGGUGAGAUGCGCAGCUGCACUCCAAGACCAAGGGAGCCGUCAGGCUUGCUUCUCUGUGGGUACCUGGGUGUGGGUUUGGAGCUGGGAAUCUAUUUUUUAUAUUAUGUUUCGUGCUACUGUAGUUUUGGUGUGGCACUAUUGUAAUUAAAAUAAAGUACUUGUAUCGAGA